UGAAAAUUUCGUCGAAAUAUGAAAUUAAUUCUUAAACACCUUAAUUCUUAUAUAAAUUGUACAAUUAAAUAUUAUUAUGGGUUAUCCUCUAAUAUUAACGUUAAAUCUAUUAUCCCUACUGAUAAUUCUAUUAAUAUAAGUGAACCUCAUGUGGGAGCUAAUUUAGCUAAAUUUGUUAAUAGUAACAUAACUUUACAAAACCUGAUAAAGAUUGGUGUUGAUAUAUCACAAUUUGAUAAAUUGAAAAAUAUACCAGAAUAUUUGAUUAAAGCAGAUUUUGAUAGAGACAUAAAAAAAUAUUUGUUAUUUUUGCUUCAAUUGAACAUUCCUUCCAACAUGAUACAUAAUGUAAUCACAAAAAAUCCAUUUUUGUUCUUAGAAGACACUGACAAUCUGCAUGUCCGAAUUAAUUAUUUAAGAUGGAAAAAAUUUUCCCACAAUGAUAUUACAUAUUUAGUAAUUAAAUAUCCAAAAAUUUUGUCUAUAAGUACAUUGGAAUUGGACUCUAGACUAGGCAACAUUCAAAAAUUGUUUGGCUUGAGUUCAAAAGAUAUUCGAUUAAGUUUUUUAUCUUCACCAAAAAUUAUAGAUUACAAUUUUCAAUUGUUAAAACUAACAUCCAUGACUAUGAUUAAAGAACUAAAUUUUAGUAAACAAGAAAUUAAAUCAAUAUUCCAAGAAUAUCCUUUGACACUUAUGACAGAUCGAACUAAUCUAAUAAAAAGGUAUGAUUACCUAACUAACGAUAUGGGCAUUAAAAGGGAAUUGAUUGUCAAAUGGCCAAAUAUUCUUACAUCUCGGUCCAAAAUUAUCAAAUAUAGGCAUUUAUUCUUGAAAUACCUUGAAAAAAUACAAUACGAUGAAACAAAACCCUUAUACAUUUCAAUGAAAGCUCUGGUCUCUGGUACGGAUGAGGAAUUUUGUGUACAGGUUGCCAAGAUGAGUGUUGAAAAAUAUUAUGAAUUUUUAAAAACCUUGUAAUAUCUGUUAAUAUAUACUCGUCAAUAAUUUUGUACAAUAAAUAACAACUGGUAUCGUUUAUGCAAAUUUUUAAUAUAUACAUUUAUAGUUUAAGUACAUGAUUAACGGUAGUAAAAAUAUAAUGAUGUAUGUGCA